GCAGUUCACAGUGUAAAACAGAUAGUGGAAAUUGUGGAGGAGGAGGAUAAGAAAAGUCUGGUAUGGAUAAUUAAUUGUCGUAGAUUAAAACUAUUGACUAGUUCAUUAAGGGUAGACCACUGAAGCAUGAUUUAAAAGUUAUAUCAAAGAUCUAAUUAUGUACCGUACUCCCUCAGGUCCUUACCAAAAAUGUUUCAAUUUAUUUUCAGCUUUUAGAUUUCAUCAGCCAGAUGUCACAUGACGAAAAGGUUAUAGUCUUCGUUGGCAAGAAAAUUAUGUAAGUGGAAUGUUCUAAUGUGUUAGUGAACUGAAUAGUCCAAGUUUUGCAGGUUGUAAAAUGUGCUCAUUGGCCAUUUUGUGCUUGUUCCUUGGGGCUAUACAUUGUUAAGGACUUGUAUGUGUUUUGUGAUUGCGUGUUAGUUGGAGAGUAUUUGGGUAGAUGUUGCUAUCAAAUGCUUGGUAUUUUGUGAUGUAUUUUGCAUAAGGAGAAAUGAGGUAUUGUGUAGUGUGUUGUGAUUGAGGAAUGGCAGCAGUUGACAAUGUAGUUUAGUUGUGCGGUUAAUAAAAUACUUAUCUAUGAAUUCAAUCGUUUGUGUAGUUACUAUAACCCCUAGACAAACGAAGCUAUCAAACCUGGUAAGAUCGGGCUCAUAACAAACAUUGUAAGAACUUCAGAGGGCUCUGUUUUUAUAAAUUUUUAAUCUAUUGUAAAACUAAUCAUUAUAAAAGAAGUAAAUUUAUUAGCUUUAAAUUUGGCAAUAAUUAUUAACCUGAAGAUCAUCUAGCCACCACUGAUAAAAUCAAUAGUCAUUCCUCUAUAUCAUUAGGCAUAAUAAUAAUUAAUUAAUACUUUAAAUUAUGUUCAACACUUUGCAGUGCAGAUGAUGUAUCAAGUGACUUGGCGAUGAACAAUGUCAUGUGUCAGUGUAUCCAUGGUGCCAGGUAAGCAUUUUAUCUGGAAACUUAAGGCCAGAUUUGUAUGAAACCAGAAAGUUGUAGUUAAUUCCCUUCCCAACAGAUAGAUGGAUAUGUAUAAGUGGAUAUAAACAUUCUUUAGAAUCCUAAAAUAUAUAACUUGGUUGAUCAAAGUCAACAAUUUCAGUGGCUUAGCAAGAUACAUUUGCCAGUCAAACUAUCAGAGUGAGUGCAUAUUGACUAGCUGCAAAUGUAUGAAAUAAAACUUUUUUGUUACAGGGAGCAGUGUGAUCGUGAGACAGCCCUAGAAGAGUUCAAAAAUGGAACUGUUCGUAUCCUUGUUGCUACAGAUGUUGCAUCGCGUGGUUUAGAUGUGAAGGACAUCACGUAGGUUCACAUGUAUUGAUAUGCAUACCGGGUAUCAGAUACAUUUUUAAUGUAAUGUAACUAAUAUAUUAUCAUCAUCAGUGGCGCUACAGCCCAUGUAGGGCCCUGGCCUGCUCCACCACUGGGUGAACCCCCAACUGGUGUAAAUCCUUCUCUACAUCAUCGAUCCAUCUCAGCCUUAGGCGACCAGCGAGUUGUCUGCCCCUAGGUUUCUGCCUGUAUAUGCUGCUCUACAUUCCGGCAUCCUUUCAAUACUUCCUGCCCACCCCAGUCUGCCUUUUUUUUUUUAUCGUUAUGACCAUGGGUGGGUCUUUGAACAAUUGGUAAAGCUCUUGGUUUGUACAGAUUCUCUAGAUAUUUUCCAUCACUGGGCCGUAUAUUUUCUGAGGAUUUUCCUCUCCUCCCAAGUAUUGAGAAGGUUCUCUGCUUUUCUGGUAAGGGUUCAAGUCUCACUUCUUCUUCUUCUAUUUCUAUAUAUUAAGGGCCCACGAUCAAUUUAUUGAUCAUUUUGGCUCCUAUGCAAGUAGAGGGGAUUUGCAAUGUUUCUGUGCCUGGUGUUGAUGAGGACAUUUCACUGAUUUUCAGUGCCACGUUGUGAGGGAAUCAUGCACUGGGGGUUUGAAGGCUUGAGGCAAUAGACACAAAUGAGUCUAGUGUUGUCGCCUCAACUGUUCCUUUUGAAAGCUUGUUCCAGUCCCUGAUUGUCUUGGGCAGGAAUGAGCAGCUCUUAUUCUGGCUUCUUGCUGGUAUGAGCCUGAAUUGCCUGUCAUGGCCUCGUCGCUGUCUAUUGGGGAGAGGGACGAGUUUCUGUUCAAUACAAUACUACUUGUCUUAUGAUAGUGGUGUAUAUUGUCUUCUUUUGUUUCCCUUGAGAGGUUUUUGCUUCCCAGUAGCUUUCGUAGCCUGCAAUGGGAACGGUUGCCUGCUGUUAUCUUUUCUUUCACCUCCGACAUUAUUUCAUUGUGCUAGUUUAUAGUUGUCCCUAGAUAUUUGAAUGUAGUCAACUCUCUCAAAUUUGUGUUUUUUUAUAUUGAUGUUAUCAUCAGCAUGGGAGUUUCUUGACAUUAUCAUAUAUUUGGUCUUUAUCAUAUAUUUUUCUUCCCUGAAUAGCUUUUAUUAUGUAAUACUGUUUCUACCCAGUAGCACUAUAUCGUCUGCAAAUGCCAGGCACUGCAAUGGUUGGCUAUAUAAGGUUCCCAAUGGAAUUAAUAUAAUAUAUAUAUUAUAUUAGCUGUUUCAUUAAACUUUGAUGUUGUAACCUGUGUGUAAGUAUAUUUGAAAGAAACAAUUUGUUCUUUUAUGAAUCGUUUUUAUUUCCAGGCACGUGAUCAAUUAUGAUUUCCCUAGUCACAUUGAAGAAUACGUUCAUCGCAUUGGGAGAACUGGGCGUGCUGGGUAUGUCAUUUGUGACAUGCUCUUUAAUUAAUUGGUUUAAGUUAGGCAUAUUGCAACAUAUUUAGCUGUUUGAAAUUCCUUUUGUUGUAAUUUAGGCGUUGUGUCUUUUCAUUUCUUUUUCCAUAAAUAUUUAUUUUAAUGUUACAGGUUGUUUUCUGUUUACAAAUAAAUCAUUCAUGCAAUGGAAUUUAUCUCAAUCCUAAUGCAGAAAAAUGUGCAGACAAAGUAGGAAGUGUUCAGAAAAUGUUUUGUGCUGUUCUUUUUUUCUUUUACAGUAAAAACAUUAACUCUUGAUAAAGGUAAAAAUUUUAACAUUGAUUAUAUAUAUAUUCAUCUUCUAUGUUUUGAAAAGUAAUGUUUUCCCGCAUAGUACAUAUCCCUUGAUAUUUUUUUAUCCUCAGACGUUCAGGUACAGGAAUAACGUUUGUAACCAGGAAUGACUGGAAGAGUGCUCAGCAUCUGAUAAACAUACUUGAAGAAGCUGAUCAGGUAAGAUAAUGUUACUGCGUUUUUUUACUCAAUAAUUAUUAUUAUGUUGAGUAGUUAUGGCUAUUUUAAAAGACAUGUGUAAUUCAUUUCAUUGUCAUGAUAAAAGCUAGCAUCUGACUCAAUAAUUUUUAUUAUGUUGGGUAGUUAGGCUAUUUUAAUAGACACUGUCAUGAUAAAAGCUAGCAUCUGACCUAGAUUUAUAGUUAUGACAUAUUUGUUAGAAAGUCUAUGCAUAAGUUUUCUAUCUGCAAAUUCAUCUUCAUUUACCUAUUGGACAACUUCAUUCUAAGGAUGUUCCGGAUGAGUUAAUCUCCAUGGCAGAGAGAUACUUAACAUUCAAGACAAGAAGGGAAGAGGAAGGUGAUUUCAAAGGAAGAGGGGGAGGUAGAGGUGGCGGUAGAGGGGGAAGAAGAAGAGAUGACAAUGAUGGAGUUGGAUGGUUCUGAGCCCAAAAAGAAAAAAGGGGGGAAUUAUUGUCACAUGGUCCUUUGGAAUCUCAUAAAUACCCGUAUUUCUUUUCAGUGAAUGUAUUCUUAUAUACAAGUCACAAAAUUAAUCCGUCCCAUUUUGGACAAAAUGCAUUUGACGUUAUUUAAAUGCCCACUUCUUAAGGCAUUAAAAUGUUUUGUUUUAAUUUGCUUGCUUUGUUAAUUAGUUCUUUAUUAUUCACACUUAACAGAUAUUGAUGCCAGCCAAUAACUAUAUGAAUUAAACUUUUGGUAAUUUUUAACACAAAACUAUUGAUAUAUAUUGUCAUUAAUUAAUUAACCAAAUAAUUAAUAAUGACUAUGAUCUGAUUUAAACACAACUAAUGUUAAAUGUUGACUAAACAUUCCUGACAUUGUAUAUUUAUCUGCCUUAUUGCAUAUUAGUUUACACUUGCUGAUGUGAACAAGAACAAGGAAAUUUUGUUAAUUGAACAAAUAGUAUUAAAGUUAAAGCAUUGAAUGAUCAGCGUCUGUUUUUUAAAAUCUUUUUACUUUAAAAUUUUUGUUUGAUACCCAUAUUUUUUUAGAAGUUGAA